AUGCCUCAUAAGCAGAGCAGCCAGCAUCACGAGCUUGAGGAAGGCCUUCAGUCCCAAAUAGGGGCACCAGGCCUGGUGGGUGCACAAUGUCCUGCAGAUGAGAAGGAGGAGGCUGCCUCCUCAUUUUCCUCCUCCUCUUCUACUCCGAUUCAGAGUAUCCCAGAGGAGGUGCCUGCUGCUGGGUCACCGCAUCCUUCCCAGAGUCCUCAGGGAGCUUCCUCUCCCCAAAAUUCCAUCACCUCCACUCAAGGGAACCAAUUUGAUGAGGGCUUGAGCAGCCAAGAAGAGGAGUGGCCAAGCACCUCGCCUGACCCAGUUGACGCUGAGUCCUUGCUCCAAGAGGCCCUAGAUGGGAAGAUGGCUCAUUUGGUUCAUUUCCUGCUCCAUAAGUAUCAAAAAAAGGAGCCGAUCACAAAGGCAGAGAUGCUGAGUGCUGUCAUCAAGAAUGACGAGGAGUACUUCCCAGCCAUCUUCAGCAAAGCCUCCGAGUGCAUGCGGCUAGUGUUUGGCAUUGACUUGAAGGAAAUAGACCCCACCAACCACUCCUAUGUACUCGUCAACUCCGUGGGCCUCUCCUACGAUGGCAUGCUGGGGAAUGACCAGAGCAAGCCCAAAGUUGGCCUCCUGAUAAUGGUCUUGGGCAUGAUCUUCAUGGAGGGCAACCAUGCCCCUGAGGAGGUCAUCUGGGAAGCACUGAGUGUGAUGGGGGUGUAUGUGGGGAAGAACCACUUCAUCUUUGGGGAGGCCAGGAAGCUCCUCACCCAAGAUUGGGUGCAGGAAGCCUACCUGGAGUUCAGGCAGGUGCCCGGCAGUGAUCCUGCACGCUACGAGUUCCUGUGGGGUCCCAGGGCCCAUGCUGAAACCAGCAAAAUGAAGGUCCUGGAGCAUGUGGCUAAGAUCAAUGGGAGAGAUCUCACUUCCUACCCAUCUCUGUAUGAGGAGGCUCUUAGAGAGAUGAGGGAGAGGGAGUCUGAGCAGGAGUUGCAGCCAGGGCCAGUGGCGGGGACAGGGCCAGGACACAUCCCAGGGCUACCUCCAGCAGCUUCUCCUGCCCCAAGUGAUGGGUCCAUUCUCCACCCUGUGUUUGAAGGAAACAGUCAGCAUUCGAAGUAG